CGAGCGGACCGGCCACCGACCCAGCGGGAUCCAGCGGCCUCGGGCGGACGGAGCAGCGCCGGGGCGCACGCUUGGCACCAUGACCCAGAUGCCCGCCUUCGACAAGCCCAAAGUGGAACUCCACGUCCACCUAGAUGGAGCCAUCAAGCCUGAAACCAUCUUGUUCUAUGGCAGGAAAAGAGGCAUCCCGCUGCCGGCCGACACGGCGGAGGAGCUGCAGAAGGUCAUCGGCAUGGACCAGCCGCUCUCGCUCCCCGGCUUCCUCGCCAAGUUUGACUACUACAUGCCUGCCAUCGCGGGCUCGCGAGAGGCCAUCAAAAGGAUUGCCUACGAGUUUGUAGAGAUGAAGGCCAAGGAGAAGGUGGUGUACGUGGAGGUGCGCUACAGCCCGCACCUGCUGGCCAACUCCAAGGUGCAGCCGAUCCCCUGGAACCAGGCCGAAGGGGACCUCACUCCGGACGAGGUGGUGGCGCUGGUGAACCAGGGCCUGCAGGAGGGGGAGCGAGACUUCGGGGUCAAGGUCCGGUCCAUCCUGUGCUGCAUGCGCCACCAGCCCACCUGGUCCCCGGAGGUGGUGGAGCUGUGUAAGAAGUACCGGCAGCAGACCGUGGUGGCCAUCGACCUGGCAGGGGACGAGACCAUCACGGACAGCAGCCUCUUCCCAGGACACAUGCAGGCCUAUGAGGAGGCCGUGAGGAGUGGUGUCCACCGCACUGUCCACGCCGGGGAGGUGGGCAAAUCCGACGUGGUGCAGCAGGCUGUGGACGUCCUCAAGACAGAGAGGCUGGGCCAUGGCUACCACACCCUGGAGGACGAGGCUCUCUACAGCAGGCUGCUGCAGCAAAACAUGCACUUCGAGGUCUGCCCCUGGUCCAGCUACCUCACUGGAGCCUGGAAGCCGGAAACAGAGCACGCGGUAGUCCGGUUCAAGAAGGACCAGGCGAACUACUCGCUCAACACGGAUGACCCGCUCAUCUUCAAGUCCACCCUGGACACAGAUUACCAGAUGACCAAACGGGACAUGGGCUUUACCGAGGAGGAGUUCCAGAGGCUGAACAUCAACGCGGCCAAGUCCAGCUUCCUUCCAGAAGACGAGAAGCAGGAGCUUCUUGAUCAGCUCUACAAAGCCUAUGGGCUGCCCCCGCCGGCCUCUGCGGGAAGUCUAUGAUUUCAAGUGCCAGCUGCCAAGGCUCUGGAUGCCAGUGCCCGCUUCGUGCACACACAUACCUCGGCAUGGCUGCAUCUCUCCUUGGGUCGUCCUGGGCUGGGGACCAGGGCUCUUGCCAGUGGCGUGGAUGGAAGCUCUACCCAAGGCAACUCAGGCUGACACCUGGUACUCAAUAAAGGGGCCGGUGGCUGGUGUCACAUGUGCUGGUGAUCGCGGUGG